UUUAUCGUCGACGGGUUCUACUGAGUAUCUCCAUACCAGAAUUGUAAUUUCGUCACAUUUCGAUGGCAAACAGAACCGUCAAAGAUGCUAACAGUAUACACGGGACUAACCCGCAGUAUCUGGUGGAGAAAAUCAUCCGUACCCGAAUCUACGAGUCUAAGUACUGGAAGGAGGAAUGCUUCGGUCUUACCGCUGAGCUGGUUGUUGACAAAGCCAUGGAGCUGAAGUUUGUUGGUGGUGUUUAUGGUGGAAACAUCAAACCCACUCCUUUCCUUUGUCUCACAUUGAAGAUGCUGCAGAUUCAACCUGAAAAAGACAUCAUUGUCGAAUUCAUAAAAAACGAGGAUUUCAAAUACGUGCGUUUACUUGGAGCAAUGUACAUGAGGUUAACUGGCACUGCAGUGGAUUGCUACAAGUACCUGGAGCCUCUGUACAAUGACUACAGAAAGAUCAAGACACAGAACAGAAAUGGAGAAUUUGAGGUUAUGCAUGUGGAUGAGUUCAUCGAUGGGCUUCUUCACUCUGAGAGAGUGUGUGACAUCAUCCUUCCUCGCCUUCAGAAAAGACAAGUGUUGGAAGAGGCUGAGAUGCUGGAUCCACGGAUUAGCGCUUUGGAGGAGGAUUUGGAUGAAGUGGAAAGCAGUGAAGAUGAUGAAGAAGAAGAAGAUAAACCGGAGAGACUUCAGUCUCCUGAGCCUCACAGACGUGGUUACCGUGAUAACGACAGACCUCGUCGCUCUCCAUCACCCCGUUACAGACGGAGCCGCUCGCCCAGACGGAGAAGCAGAUCUCCAAAGAGGAGAAGCCCGUCGCCACGGAGAGAUCGCCAUCGCAGCAAGAGCCCCCGGCGACACCGCAGCAGGUCCAGAGACAGGCGGCACCGCUCGAAAUCCCCUGGUCACCAUAGAAGCCACAGACAUCGCAGCCACUCCAAGUCCCCAGAAAGGAGUUCAAAAAAGAGUCACAAGAAGAGUCGAAGAGGAAACGAGUGACCUUUCUUUAUCAACCAAACUGUCAGAGAUUCUGUUCCUAAAUUUUGUGUAUAUUUUUUAUUCUGGUUUUUUUUUUUUUUUUUUUUUAAUUAGAUGUUGGACCACUGACCAGUCUGUAACAGAUGACAAAUGUUAUUCUCACACGGCUUUGAACAGUGGAUGUCUGAUUACUCCCAUCAGAUGCCUUUUGCCUCAUUCUGAUUCUAACACUGAAGAAGACUGAAAAGCCCUUGCUUUCACCUGAUUAUCACUAUUACUGGUAACUUUUGGGUUCGUACAAAUAGAAAAAAACAUGAUGACCAAUUUUAGAAUGUCUUUCACAAUCUGACUUGUUUUUUUAUUGCAAAAAUAAAGGCCCAAAUUCCUAA